AUGCCAUCACCACCAGCCAGAUCACCGCGCCGUACCUCUCCUAAUCUAGGGCAAUCUUCGUCACCGCCAACACCGCCAAUAGCGGAACAAUAUCGACCAGAAGAUCCAGGCCCUGGCUCGGGCUCAAGUUCGCAGCCUGGUGAGCCUCAAUCAUUCACGGAACUAGAUCCGGACCAGCCGAUCGAAGUUGAUAGAUCUGCAGACGUGGAUUCUGCCUACGGUGAAUCAAUACAGAGUGAUUUGACGUCGUUGGCUUCCAGCGUCUCUCGCGGUGUGUGGGAAUAUGGUCGGCGAUACCAUUCCUACGGUCGAUCGCAGUAUGCGUUCCCCAACGACGACGCCGAGGCUGAGAGGCUCGACAUGCAACACGCCAUGCAGACACACCUGCUGGGCGACCGACUGUUCUGGGCGCCCAUCGACCCCAACCCGGCCAGAGUGCUGGAUCUCGGCACGGGCACGGGCAUCUGGGCAAUCGAGUUCGCUGACAUGUUCCCGUCGGCCGUGGUCACGGGCACCGACCUGAGUCCCAUCCAGCCCGAGUGGGUGCCGCCGAACUGCAGCUUCGAGAUCGACGACGCCGAGGCCGACUGGACCUGGGACGAGGGCACCUUCGACUACAUCCACAACCGCAACUUCGUGUGCGCCAUUCGGGACUGGCCGAAGCUCAUUCGCCAGUGCUUCCAAUAUGUCAAGCCCGGUGGCUGGGUGGAGUGGCACGAAAAGCAUCCCUAUCUCCUCAGCGAUGACGGGUCUCUGCCGAAAGACUCAGCUCUUUUCCAGUGGGGAGCUAAAUUCUUCGAAGCCAGCAUUCAAUUCGGAACAGACGCCAGGUCACCCCGGCAUCUGAAACGGCUCAUGGAAGAGGCCGGGUUCGUCGACGUUGAAGAACACAUCCUCAAGCUCCCCGUGGGGUCGUGGCCCAAAGACCAGCGCCUGAAGGAGGUGGGCCUGUUCGAGACAGUCAACAUGACCGAGGGCAUCCAGGGGUUAACCAUCAUGCUCUUCACGCGUUGUCUGCACUGGACGGCGGCCGAGGUGGAAUCGUUCCUCUUGGAGGUCCGCCGGGACGUCAAGAACAGGGCAAUCCACAGUUAUUAUCAUUUGUGA